UUGAAAAUCGGUGGUGUUGUUUGAAAUUCGUGAUGGUGGUUUCGUUGUUUGUUGAAUAAAACUCAUCGUUGUAGAACUGUGUGAACCACCUGGGUAGGGGUAGGCAGAAGAUCGAGAAAAUGAGUCGAUUGGCGAAAGGACCAAGCACAGUGUGCCGAACUAAAACUCUUCCAGGCAGAAAUUUUGAUAAACCGAAAACUUUGAGUUACACACAGCUGAAAGAAGAAAACUCCUCACUUCAAAAACGAAAUUCGGAGCUGGAGCAUAAAUUCUCCAAGUUGAACAAUGCGUUGAAUGUAUCACAGAGGAAUGCUAAGGAGUUUGACAAGGAGAAUACCUCCCUUAGAGAAGAGCUUAAAGAUGAACAAGUGAAGCACACAGACUAUGUAGACAGUGUGACCAGAGAGUGGACCUCCCAGAAACAGAUGCUAAAUGACAAGCUAUCACGAUGUGAAGUUAAGCUUGAAGAUCUAGGGGUAGACCCAGUGGCAUUGAAUGACUUCCCCAUUACUGAUUAUGAUGAUGCAACACGGCGAGAGACAUUGGCCAGAGUAGAGAUUCUGCAGGAGAGGUUAACAGAGAAUAUUACAACAAAUCAGGAGUUCCUAAAUAGAAUCAAAGAUAUCUCAUCACAAAGCAUACAGGCGCUGGAACAGUUGGAUGCAGAAUGAGUCCCUGCGUGUGUAUUAGAAUGGAGGAAUGAAACUCAUCAGAAGCUCAUAUCACUGCUUUGCCAGGACCUCACCCCUUCUUCAAUAUGUGCUUGGAUGAAAGACCUGACAUAGCUUGCCAAGCAUCACUGGGCCCAAUGUCAUGGAGCUGCUUACAAAAACACAAAAAUACCGAAGCACAUCACAAUUAGGCUUACCAGAAUAGGGUUAAUAUAAAUUUGGUUUGCGGUAACACCAUGUGUGUAUCUACUUGCCAGGUAAAGUUUAUUCUUGGAGAACUGUCUUUCUUUAUUCUACUACCACGGAGUAGAUUGUCCAGGUGUUCGAGAUACUUCUCAUUUCUAUUACCCGGGCGGAUGGUAUAGAAAAUAGGCUGGGACUGUACUACCGCUGAGUCAGUGCUUAAAUUGGUCUCAACGUAGGGUUACCAUCCAAAAUUCCAUGUCACGUGAACAAAUUGUGACUAGUAUCUUGCUCAUCUAAUGUUUUUUUUUUUGCUCUAUGAAAUUGACUCCAGGUUACACGCAAGUUUUUUUUUCUACCAGAAUUUGUACAUAAGGAGGUCCAGACUUGUUGUGGAUUGAAAUUAGCGCAUCCAAUUUGCACUUUACUUUUAUUUAUUUAAAUGAAUGACAAAGUGAGGGAUCAGCAAUUGAAGUAAUUAUCAAGAUUACCUAUCAAGAUUACCUUAUACCUUUAAAGUCGUUGGACACGUUUGAUAAUUGUCAAAGACCAGUAUUCUCACUUGGUGUAUCCCAAAAUAACAAAUCUGUGAAAAUUCAG